UACACUCAGUAUUCUGGGCCUCCCCCACGGCACUGAAAGACAUACACUGUCAACUUCCGUCCCAAUUUAAUCUUCCCUGAUUUCCCAUCAGCGACAUACGCCGUUCUGAUCGCAACAAUUUGUCGAGCGAACUACCUCCGAUCUGCUGAGCCAAAAUACAACAAAUCGCAUUUCAAUUGGAAUUGGUUGGAGCAGAGAAUCCAUUUUCAGAGUUAAUUAUUUUAUCGAACGAGUGAGGAAGUGAAUGAUCAAACGAACGCGACCCAAGAACAUAACAGGGAACAAAGACAUCAGAAUUGUUGCAUAGACCAAAUAAGAGCAUGUCUUCCACCCCCAAUGGAACAGGAGAAAGCGAUGGCAAGCUUGCAACAACAAGCUCGAUUCCAUCAGCAAUUGCACCAAAUCCAAUUAAGAAUUCCCACGUCCCCAGUCUAGCGGGAUCUGUGAUCGAAGCUUCAGACGGUGGAAUCACAGGAGACGGAACCAACAAGCUCUUGAUUCGGAUACAAAAUAUUGCGUCGACGGCRAAUUUCGGCAUCCGCCUAGACCUGAAAAAGAUCGCCCUGAAAUGCCGCAAUACGGAGUUCAAUCCCCGGCGGUUCAGUGCCGUUGUUAUGAGGUUGCGAGAACCGCGGGCCACAGCACUUAUUUUUUCCUCUGGGAAGAUCUGUGUCACGGGCGUGAAGUCCACACACAACGCCACGCUAGCCAUGAAAAAGUUUCACUACAUUAUCGAGCGCAUAGGCUUUCAGCCGAAAGAGUACGUAGACUUUAAGGUCCAAAAUAUUGUCGGCACGGCGGACUGCGGCUUUCCUAUUCGACUGGAGGGAUUGGUCUAUGCGCACAGCGCCUUCGCUUCCUACGAGCCGGAAUUGUUUCCGGGCCUGAUCUAUCGAUUGGUCAGCCCGCGGGUAGUCUUCUUGAUUUUUGUGUCAGGAAAAAUAGUUAUCACGGGGGCCAAGAAGGAGGUAGACCUUGCCAAUGCCCUGACGAAACUCUAUCCCGUGCUAGUGGAAUUCAAAAAGGUUCACACGGCCACCUUCCCUCCAAUUGCACCAACGACGGCACAGGGGAAAUCGAGCAGCAGCAGCGGUAACCACGAACAACAGCAGGGCCUUUUGAAACAUAGUUCAAUAGGGUCGGUGUCGCAGGCAGAAGAAGUAUGAGACAGAAUAAAUUUUGGGGCCAAAGUGUAUCGAAUGUUCUCUACAAUACAUGGGUUUUAUAGGCAUGGUACACCGAAUCUCAGAGAGCGACGUUUGGAAUAAGAGGCGUUGGCUGUUGCACGGGAAACAGAUUCCCAGUUGUGGAUUGCACAGUCCACCUACUUGCACGGUUUAUUUCCUAAUUAUUUUUCUAGAUUGCCUUAGCCGUACAAUACCGCAAGGUACAAUACUAUUAGCUGUUCGAUAUGCUUCGCUACAAGCCUGAAAACAAAGGGAAGAAAUGCCAUGAACGUGC